AAUUUGUGUCAACAACACAGGAAGUUGAGGGUAGCAGUGAAAAGGAAGCUACACGAGCUCAGCCUCCUUCAAAAGAGAAACACAGGCACCUAAAACUGUUGAGCUUUGUGCACUGCUAAAACACCCAAGACUGCAAAGUGGAAGGAUCCCUGAAAGGGGCACCGGAAGCCAUGUCAGACAGAAAAUCCAAGAAGAACCAGAGGCUUGGUUCAUCACGACGAGGUCCUAAAGGUCUUAACAGAAAUAUUGAAAAAGAUGAUGAUGAUGGGUUUCAGCAGAUUGCAGAGUCUGGGGAUGGAAGAGGUGAAUUUCACACCACCAGUGAUAACACUGCAACCCAGUUUGAUCAUCCACCAAGCUCAAGCAUUGAACAACAAACAUCUGCGUUAGAAUGUCUUCCACAUGCAAGGGGUCACAAGGAUUCACUCAUGGAGACUGAACAGCCAGAACGGAAAAGAAAAAUGGGUUCAACUCGCAAGAGUACUAGUAGGUUUAAAGGUGAGCGAAAACUUGAUGACGCGAGGACCACUGAAGAGUUAGAUGAAGAAAAUGUAACUCAACCAAACACAUCAACCACUGAGGAACAACAUGCUUCUCUAACAGAAGAAGAACAAUCAGGUUUUCCUUCUGAUUUGUCCCUUCAGACCAAAAGUUCUGGUUUUGGAAGGGAGUCUGGAACAACUCUUUUGUUAGCAGUUUCAGAAAAUAAAGAAAAAGGCACAAUCCACCAUCAAGAAAUAACCUCUCAUUCACGAGCGGUAGUAAGUGAUAUGCCUAUAGACGAGGCAACUGGGCCAUCUGUACAUUCUAUUGCUGUCACAGUAGCUGAAUGUAAUUUGUUGCGGGAGGAUUCAGUCAUGUUUAAUGAACCAAAAACAUUCGGUCACCAAGAAAACCAAAUACCCAGUACCAGUAAAAGAAGGAUGGGCUCAACUCGCAGACCUCACAGAGAGCAAAACUGCGAAAAUGUAGGUGUGCAAGAACAUUCACAAAACAUGACAGAGAAUGAAAGGAAAGCAACGUUAAAAAUGUCAGAAGACAUGGCACAAAUAUGGGAUGAUGUGGCAAGAGAUGAUCCAUCGUCCCACACAGAAUCAGCUUUGCUUUUGGCCGAUAGAGCUGAGCUGAAAGAGCCUGAUGUUUCGGUUGGAACUGAAACUAUGAACCAAUCAGUUGCUUUUCCCCUUGUCGAUUCAGAAAAACCCCUACCUGAAACUACUGGGACUUCAUUAUUGAACGAGGCAUUGGAUUUUAAGUUUGGUUCACACAAUGAGGGUUUUCAAGUUUUGAAAGAAGCAGGAAGUCAUUUAAGUGAUAACAGCCAACAUGUGUCUGAUACAAGAAAAGAUGCAACACCAUCUUACGACUUUAGAGAUGAAAACACAGAAACCAAGAAGGAGGUUCUAAAGCAGAAAGAGGAACCACAAUUAGAGGAACUUGUGUUGCAUGAUCAGGAAUCUUCAUUAAGUCAACAUGACAUAGCUACUCUAAAUAACUACGAUGGUUCUAUGGUUCAACAUAUAGUGGGAGGAAGUAGAAGUUUUGAUAUGCCUGUGUCUAAUAUUAGCCAUGAUGAACCCACAACAACCAAUUUUCCACAAGAGAUAAGGGAUACUGUUAAAGAAAGGCAAACUAUUAAUAUAGAAACUAAACAAGAAAAUAAUGUUUGUAAUGUUGCUUCAUGUGAUACUCUGACUAAUUUAGUGUCUAUUACGGAAGACGAGGAAGAUCCCCACAUUUUAGCAAUGAGAGAAAAGGAGAAUAUAAGUGAUGAAAGAGGAUCUGAAACAGAACAUGCAUUUGAAAUGACAGACCAGGGUGAAGUAACAGAUCACAAUCUAACACAAAUAAUGGAUGUAAGAGAUCAUGAAAAAGACGGAGAAACAAGCACAGAGACCAUUUCAAUUGAAAAUGAGGAGCUAUAUAAAGGACAAGAGCAUUAUUCAUCAAAUAUAUCUCUAACACACAGUCCUACACAAGAUGAUUCUGCGAAGAUGCUAGAAAAUGAGGAGGUUAGAAAAGACAAAAAAGAGACUGAGAAUAUUGCAGUUGAUGUGACCUCAAAGUCAGAGGAAAUGUUUAGUUUUGAAGACUCAGCAACAGAUACAGGAUCUCACGUACAACAACUGUUUGUGCAAUAUCCUAAUGAAGAAGUCUAUGACUUGCAUGAAAAUUUAAAUGAGAAACAUGAAAAGGAAGAAACACUUUUCAGUGUAGAAUCAGAGAAUGUAGCUUUUGAUAGAGGCAAUGAGAGAAGUGAAGAAACAGAAAGAGUGAAGGAGAUAGAUCCAGCACCAGUUCUGACAUUAGAUGUGGGAGAUGCAGACCUGCAUUUAGAAAUUGAAGCACAGAACAAAACAUUUGACUCAAACAGGGAAGCAUAUGGAACAGAAGAGAAUAUCAGUGGUGCUAGCGUUUUAGUCAGAGAAAAUAAAGUAGAAAUUGGAAAUACAGUGGAAAGUAAUAUGACUACUGAGUCAGAUUUUCUUCAAACUUCUCCUGAUGCACACAUGGAAGCAUUGAAAGUAUCUGAAAAUGCAGAGAAAGAGGUCUCAGGAGAAAUCAUUCUUAAGCAAAGUGAGACACACACACAAUCAAGUCCAGUUAUUCAGAAGAGAAAAAUGGGUUCAACUCGUAGACCUCUCAAAGGGAAUAAAGGACUAAGAAAAGGUCAUGAUGAAAAUGAAAUCUUCAAUUUGGAGGAUGAACCCAGUCCAGAUGAAUCUAGAUAUACUGCCUUGAGUGUCUGUGAAAUUUCUGAAUCACAAACUGUCACAAAAACUCAUGCAGGGUCCCAGGAAAAUACUGGAGAUGUUGAAAUAGUGCCAGUAGAGGGAGACACAGAAUCACACUCAGAAAACAAAACGCUUGAAUCAACAGUAUUUGAAGGGGAAGCAACAGAAGAAAACACAUGUAAAGCUAGUGUUUUAAUCAGAGAAGUUGAGUUUAUUGGAGAUGCAGUUAUGGUGGAGAGUAAUAUUUCUACUGAGUCAGAUUUGAUUCAAAAUAACACUUCCUCUGAAGAAAAACUGGAAGCAUUAAAAGUAUCUGAUAUUGCAUUGCAUGAAGUUCUAGGAGAAACAGAUGCAAUUCCCAAGCAAAGUGACACCACAAUCAUUCUUGAAGAUACUCAGAAAGAGGAUGCACACUCAAAAUUCGCAGUUACUCACAAGAGAAAAAUGGGCUCAACACGUAGACCUCUCAGAGAGAACAAAGGACAAAGAAAAGAAUUAGAACAUGAUGAAAAUGAGACACUUGACAGUGACGGAAUUAUCAAUGCUCAAAAAGAAACAAUUAGUUUGCAGAAUGAACCGAGUUCAGAUGAAUCUGCAUUACAAAGUUUAAAAGAUGGAGCUGAAGAACAGGAGAUGGAAAUAUGUGAAAAGAAUGAUGUUGAUCCUGUUGAAGGAUCUGAAUCUGCUCUCCUGCAGUCAUCAUGCACUUCAGAAUUAGUGUCUGAAGAAUCCACUGCAAUAAGUAUCUGUCACAUCACAGAAUCACAAACCCUCACAAUAAUUGAUGAAGAGUCCCAGGAAAAUACUGGAGAUGCUGAAAGAGUGGCAGCAGAGGACGUCAAAGACUUACAAUUAGAAAUUGAUUCACAGAACAAAACAUCCGACUCAAACAGAGAAGCGGAAGAAACAGAAAAGAAUCUAUGUGGUGCCACUGUUUUAGUCAGAGAAAUUGAAGUUAUUGGAGCUAUAGAUACAGUGGAGGAUAAUAUGACCAAUGAGUCAGAAUUUCUUCAAAGAUCUCCUGAUGCACUCAUGGAAGUAUUGAAAGUAUCUGGAAAGGCUGAGAAAGACGUUUCAGGAGAAAUAAACACAAUUCCUGAACAAAGUGAUAUCAGCAUCAUACCUGCAGAUUCUCAAAGAGAAGAGACACACUCAAAAUCAAGUCCAGUUAUUCAGAAGAGAAAAAUGGGCUCAACUCGUAGACCUCUCAAAGGGAAUAAAGGACUAAGAAAAGGUCAUGAUGAAAAGGAAAUCUUCAAUUUGGAGGAUGAACCCUGUCCAGAUGAAUCUAGAUAUACUGCAGCGAGUAUCUGUGACAUUUCAGAAUCACAAACUUUUACAAAAACUCAUGCAGGGUCCCGGGAAAAUACUGAAGAUGUUGAAAUAGUUCCAGCAGAGGGAGACACAGAAUCACACUCAGAAAACUGUGACGAGACCACAGAGUCAGGGGAGAAAUUAACUCGUGAAGAAGCCAUUACAGGAUCUCUUGUACAUCAGCAACUGUUCAGUUCAUCUGCUGAUAAAGAAGACCAUGACAUUCAGGAUAUUGUUUGUAAAUCAGAUGUGCAGGCAGAAAACUCUGAACAAAAUGAUCCAAACUCUACCAUAAAUCCAGAACUGUUUAUAGAAUCUGAAUGUUCUUCAAAUGUUGCUGCUGAAAUGGUUUCAGACGUUCCAUUGGGAGAUGUCAACACAUACUUAAAUCCUAAACAAAGUGUCAUUUCUAAAGAAUCUCAUAGAGACGAUCAACCAACCUUGAAUCCAGUUGUUCAAAAACGAAAAAUGGGUUUGACACGUAAGACGCUCAGAGGAAACAAAGGGCAGGGAAGAAUAGCAGAAUCCAAAGAGAUGGAUGGAAAUAGUGAAGGAAUGGCACAGGAACAGGAUACAGAACCACAUUUAGAAACCAGUGCAAGACAAACUGAAUUUGAUGAAGUGGUUGAACAAAACUUCCCAUCUGAAUUUUCUCAUCCAGUGGAUUCUUCAAACAUGUUCCUUCAACCAGAAAAUGGAGAGACGGAAGAUUCUCAGAAUAUCGAUGACCUAUCUGAGGUGAGUGAGGAAAAGGGGAUGGACAAUACUGGAAAUGACAGCAAUAGUCUGAGUGAGGCAAUUAAUCUCAAGGAGGGGACAAAGGACAAAUUUGUCUUGACAAUUAGUCACGAAGAUGUUCAUCAGAUUGUCUCAGAGCCUGAACCAACUGAAAACACACACAAGGUUAUUCCUACAUCAGAACUAAGAGCCCCUCAGGGAGAUGUUUUUGUUGAAAACAACUCUCAAAAAAUACCUGCCCCCCAAGAAAAGAGGCGAAAGAUGGGCUCAACCCGGAGAAAUCCACGAGUAAUGCAUGGGGAAAAUAUGGCUGAUAAUGAAGAUGUACUUGGUGUGGCAGAGGAUAGAGAAACUAAGAAAGAAGAGGAUGGUUUAGAAGAAGCGUUAAGCAUCAGUCAGUCCAAGGACAUUUCUUCAGUCAAUAGCACAGAUCUUGAUUCAGAAAUGUUAGCUAGUGUAACUGAAUUAAAAGUUGAAAAUGAUCAACUUAACAGUUCUAGACAAACAGUGCCUGAAACACAUGAAAAUACCCUUCAAAUAUGUGAUAAUCAAUUAGAAAAUACUGAUGUUACCAAACAUCCACAGUCAGAGACUUUUACCAUUGAGAAGAGAAGAAAGAUGGGCUCAACUCGGAAGAAUCUCAGAAAAGGAGGAAUACGAGGAAAAAGACAUGGAUAUGAGGUAACAGAAAUUGAAGACACAAAUUUGCAGAUGUCUCAGGACUCUGAAAUGAGCUUAGUAAGAGAUGUACGACAACAGACAACUCACGGUUACUCUAAUCAGCCAGAGGAUUCACUUCUCAAUGAGAUAGAGAGAGCAUUAAAUAAGACGUCUCAAAGUUCACUGAGUUGUGAUUGGGAAUUAAUCGUCAAAGAGCCAAACCCAGAUGGUUUACCCAAUGCUCCUGAUCUCAAUAUGCCAGAAAUCUCAGAAAUCAAAUCUCUUCAGCCAAUGCCAUCGGCUCACAGUGAACCCAACUCACCAGGAAGACGAAGAAGAAAAAUGGGUUCAACUCACAAAAAUCCCAGACAGCAGCUCAAAGCAGAAAGGGAGGAUGGAGACAAAGAGGAUGGGGAGAUAGAUGAGAACUCAAAGACAAAUAAGCAAGAAAAGAAGGACCUUGAGAGUGCUGAGGUGUCUGUAGUGCAUAAUAUUACUGAAAACAAACUGAAUAAAGAGUAUCUCGAUGUCUCCAGUGCACACACAAGUAGCAAUCAGCUAGAAGAUACCCCUAACGCCGUUAGCCAAGAAAAGACGUCUCCAUCAUCUAAAAGGAAGUUUGGGUCCAGACGUGCUAAUAAGGGCAAACAAGGCCUUGGUAGGUUGGCUGAUUCUGAUUUUGGGAAUGAAUUAGAAGAUGGAGAUCAUAAACCAGACAGCUCUGAGGUCAAGGACAAGCAGCAAAGGGAUGACUUAGCGGUUUGUGAUCCGUGCCUCACCUUACAACCAGAUAAUCAACCAGCUUCUGAGCAGAGGAACAUGGAGGCCAAAAAUGAAGAAGCUGCUCCAAAAAACACUGGUGAUGGUCUCGUUUCUUUGGACCAACUCAUAAAACAUGAUAGCACUGGAGCUAAGCAGAUAGUCAAUUUAAAGAACAGGAUUUCAGAUACUGAAGUAGUUCAGUUUAAUGUUGUCAUAGUGGGAAACAGCUAUGUGGGAAAGACUUCCUUCAUAAGACGUUUCCAUGAAGGCCUGUUCACUGAGGAAUUCCGCUCCACUAUUGGCGUUGACACCUUUAAACAGACUGUUGUGCUGCCUGACAGAACUGUUAAACUGCAAAUAUGGGACACAGCAGGUCAAGAGAGGUUUCACAGCAUCACCACUCAAAUGUUCCACAAGGCUGAUGGGCUUCUGCUCAUGUAUGAAAUCACAUGUUCAAAGAGUUUUAUUUCUGUACGAGAUUGGAUCUCUCAAGCUCGGGAAAGGGCUUCUGAUGAUGUCAUCAUGAUGUUGCUUGGAAACAAAAAUGAUUCUGUAAAUCGUGAAGUCCAGAUUCAGGAAGGGGCAGAUCUGGCCAGGGAGUAUAACAUACAUUUCAUGGAGUGCAGUGCUGCAACUGGGGUGAAUGUGUCAGAAUGCAUGAGAAGUCUUGCAGAGAUGUUAGUGCAGCGCAACUCACAGAAGAAGAAACACACAACAUUGAGAAAAGAACCACCUCAGAAGAAAUCUGGUUGCUGUUGAAAA